AUGAAGACUGAGACAGACGAGUCUGCGUCUCCUUCGACAAUCGUUGAAACUACGAUGCGGCACGGAUAUCCCGAAGGCGGACUCGAAGCCUGGUUGGUGGUGCUUGGAGCAUGGUGUGCGAUGAUCCCUUCCAUGGGCUUGCUUAAUUGCCUGGGUAUUCUCCAUGCAUGGACGAGUAAGCACCAGCUCCAGGACUAUUCCGAGUCCAGCAUUGGCUGGAUAUUUGGCGCGUACAGCUUCUUCUUGUAUGCUGCUGGGGCGCAAACCGAAUUCUACCAGAUAUUCCUCUCAUUCAGUGUCCUUGGUGGCCUAUCUGCAUGUGCCCUCUUUAUUCCAGCCGUUUCCUGCAUUGGGCACUGGUUCAACGUGCGACGCGGAUAUGCGACCGGCAUCGCCUGCACUGCCGGGGGUAUAGGAGGAGUCAUAUUCCCCGUUAUCAUCCUUUUUGCAGCACCCAGAAUUGGUUUCCCCUGGGCAAUGCGUAUCAUUGCACUUAUCAGUGCUGUUCUUUUACUGAUAUCAUGUCUGACGCUGAAAACACGGGUCCUGAAUGAGAAAAGCGUUGGCGCAUCCGUCGACUUUCGCGCCCUGCGAGAGAAGAAAUAUGCCGCAACCACAAUAGCGAUCUUCCUAGUGGAAUUCGCCGUCUUCAUACCGAUUACCUACAUCUCAUCCUACGGGGUUCAUAUUGGCAUGGAUGACACCCUCGCAUACGCGCUAAGUAUCUUUCUCAAUUUAGGUGCUGUCCCAGGACGGUUCCUCCCGGGCUUAGUAGCAGAUCGGCUCGGAAGGUUCAACGCGAUGGUAGGAACGUCGAUCAUCUGUGCGGCGCUUACCCUGGCAUUGUGGCUUGCAUCAGGGGCGAAUAUGCCCGCAGUAAUUUGCUAUGCGGUAUUGUUCGGCUUUUGGAGCGGUGCUGCUAUCAGUCUCACCCCCGUGUGCAUUUCGCAAGUCUGUAAGACGGAGGAUCUAGGGAAGAGGAGCGGGACGACAUUUACGAUAGUCAGUGUGGGUACAUUGACGGGCAUCCCGAUCGCGGGUGCUAUCCAGCAACAGAACCAGGGGGAAUAUUGGGGCAUGAUUGUCUUCGGAGGCGUGUUGUAUGCGGCCUCCGCGGUCGCUUUUGCUGUUGCCAGGGGCAUUUGUGCGGGCUGGAAAGUGAAAGCCAAGUUCUAA